UUGGCAUUUGGUAAAUGGCAAUAUGGCCGUAGCUUUCGAGUUUCGCUGGUAGUGCGCGGUGCUCAAAUCAAUUUCAGUAAAGAACGGACUAUUUCCGACGGCCCUAAAGUUUCAUUUUUAAUUUUUUAGUGUUAUUUCUUUCUGUUUACCUUCUUUUUACCAAAGUUCUGUAGGGAAAUUUUGGAUUUUACAUUUCCGUCGUCACCAGAAUUCACGCGACGACAAAAUGGCGUCGCUUGACAAGAUUUUAUUCCAAAUUAAAUUUUUAAUUUUUGUCACUUUAUUAUAAAAUAUUUCCAAAAAAUGUAUCAAAAAGUGUUUCAAGGUUUUUUUGUUAAAUGAUUUGCCUACAAUUCAUCAAUUUUUAUCUACCAAUACUCGAGAUAUAGUGUAUUCCUUGAAAUUUCUUCAAAAUGCUCAUGAAGGGCUCUAUGGGUGGAUCUGGAAGUGAUUCUAUGAGUGAGAAAGGAGGAAAGAGUGAUUCCAGUGGAUCAGGUUCGGGAAGUGAAAGUGAGAGUGGCUCAAGUUCUUCUGGUUCAGCAUCGCCAGGCCGAUCAGGAUCUGACAAGUCUUCAAACGCUGACCAAUCUCAUAACAGUGAUGACACAAAAUCAUCACUAAAACACAGUAAUGCUAAUUCUUCUAAAUCUGAUCAUCACACCGACAAGGACUCUUCAGACGAUUCUAUCACAAAGCGUAAAUCUAGAAAUAACCAUGGUAAAGUUAAAUCAGACCUUUGGGAGGACAAUCCUGACAUGUUUGGUAUUAGGCGAUCAGCUCGAUCAAGAAAAGUUCCAGAUAGACUUAAACUUGCUGAUAGUGACUCUAGUGAAAAAGGAAGAAGUCAAAAUAGAAAAAGUAGAAGAAAGAGUGAUUCCUGGAAUUCAGAUACCUCAGAUAGUGAUAGUGACCUAAAGGGCUCACCACCUCCACCGUCUAAACGACCAGGCCAAAGAACUGUACUUUUAAGAAAAAAGAAACCAACAAGAAGAAGAAGAUUUACCAGUGAUGAAGAGGAAAGCUCAGAAGCAUCUGACGAAGAAACUAGGAGAACUGCAACCCGACGUACAGGGGCUGCAGUUAGUUACAAGGAAGCAAGCGAUGAACAAACUGACUCCUCAGACCUCUUGGACAAUGAGGGCGGUGAAGAGGGGGAGGGGGAAGCGGAACCGGAGCCCGAGGAUCAUAGUGAGACUAUUGAAAGGGUUCUGGGACAAAGACGAGGAAAGAAAGGAGUCACGGGCAAUGUGACUACAGUUUACUAUGUCGAAGAGCAUGGGGAUCCAAAUGAAGGUUGUGAUCCCGAAGACGAGGAAUCGACUGAACAACAGUACCUGAUUAAAUGGAAAGGCUGGUCCCAUAUCCACAACACUUGGGAGUCUGAGAAGACACUUAACGAACAAAAGGUUAAGGGCAUGAAAAAGUUAGAAAACUAUAUAAAAAAAGAGGCAGAUUUGUCUUGGUGGAGACAGCAAGCGUGUCCCGAGGAUAUUGAUUAUUUUGAAUGCCAAGCUGAAUUACAACAAGAACUAGUCAAGACAUACAAUAGUGUGGAAAGGAUAUUUGCGGAACAAACAAGGGAAUUAGAAGGAGGGGGAACUGCUCACGAAUAUUUCUGCAAGUGGGAAUCCUUGCCAUACGCGGACGCGACGUGGGAAGAUUCGCCCCUGAUUGAAAAGAGAUGGCCUCGAGAAGUGGAAAACUUCAAAUACAGGGAAGCGGCAAAGACUACGCCGUCGAGACACUGUCCCGUUUUAAAACGGCGUCCCAAGUUCCACCAAGUUAAAGAGCAACCUGAAUACAUGGGCAAAGAUCAGACUUUUGAACUGCGAGAUUAUCAAAUGGAUGGUUUGAAUUGGUUAAUACAUUCCUGGUGUAAAGACAAUUCCGUUAUUUUGGCUGAUGAAAUGGGUUUGGGCAAAACAAUACAGACAAUAUGUUUUUUAUACUACCUGUUCAAAAGUCAGCAGUUGUAUGGACCGUUCCUUUGUGUUGUGCCGCUGAGUACGAUGACGGCAUGGCAGAGGGAGUUCGCACAGUGGGCUCCAGAUAUCAAUGUCGUUACGUACAUUGGUGACGUCAGCAGUAGACACAUUAUUAGACAAUUUGAGUGGAGUUUUGCUAGUUCAAAGAGGUUGAAGUUCAACGCAAUAUUAACAACCUAUGAGAUUUUACUGAAAGAUAGACAGUUUCUGAGGUCUUUCAGCUGGGCUUGCUUGUUGGUUGAUGAAGCUCAUAGGCUGAAGAAUGAUGACUCACUGUUGUACAAGGCGCUAAAGGAAUUUGAUACAAAUCACAGAUUACUUGUUACUGGCACACCUUUACAGAAUUCUUUGAAAGAAUUAUGGGCGCUGUUGCACUUCAUAAUGCCUUACAAAUUUGAGUCAUGGGAAGAAUUUGAAAAGGAUCAUGAAGAUGCAGCAACAAAGGGAUACGAAAAGUUACACAAACAACUAGAACCUUUCAUCUUGAGGAGGCAGAAGAAAGAUGUAGAGAAAUCACUGCCAGCAAAAGUGGAACAAAUAUUAAGGGUGGAAAUGACAACAAUACAAAAGCAAUAUUACAAAUGGAUUCUCACAAAAAACUACAGUGCAUUGCGAAAAGGUGUAAAAGGUUCAAUAAACACAUUUAUAAAUAUUGUUAUAGAGCUAAAGAAAUGUUGCAAUCACGCCCUUCUUACUAAACCGGAGGAAUUUGAGACCAGAGCUUCACUUGCCACCACAGAUGCUGUUGAGAAACUUCUGAGAGGCUCUGGAAAACUGCUAUUAUUAGAUAAACUAUUAUGCAGGUUGAAGGAAACCGGGCACCGUGUGCUUAUAUUUUCUCAAAUGGUCAGAAUGCUGGAUAUAUUGGCCGAAUACUUACAAAGGCGGCAUUUUUCAUUCCAACGUCUCGAUGGGAGCAUAAAAGGCGAACUCAGAAAGCAGGCUCUUGACCAUUUCAAUGCUGAGGGUUCCCAGGAUUUCUGCUUCUUACUGUCGACUCGAGCUGGUGGUCUGGGUAUCAACUUGGCUACAGCUGAUACUGUCAUCAUAUUCGACUCUGAUUGGAACCCGCAAAACGAUCUGCAAGCUCAAGCUCGUGCUCAUCGUAUCGGACAGAAAAACCAGGUCAAUAUUUAUCGAUUGGUAACCGCCAGGUCGGUGGAGGAAGAUAUUGUUGAGAGGGCCAAGAGGAAAAUGGUCCUUGACCACCUUGUGAUACAAAGAAUGGACACAACUGGUCGCACUGUACUCAACAAACGCGAUGGCGGCGGGACCAACGCUAACAAUCCGUUUAAUAAGGAAGACUUGAAUGCCAUAUUGAAGUUUGGCGCUGAAGAAUUGUUUAAAGAUGAUGAUGACAAUGAAGAGGAACCAGUUUGUGAUAUAGAUGAAAUUUUACAAAGAGCAGAAACAAGAGACGAAGGGCCAUCAAUGGUGGGCGAUGAACUACUUUCUGCAUUCAAAGUUGCCAGUUUUGCAUUUGAUGAGGAUAAGGCUGUCAUGGAAGUCAAGAAAGAUGGUGCAGAAGAAGCAGGAAAAGAUUGGGAUGACAUUAUUCCAGAAAAUGUCAGAAAGAAUAUAGAGGAACAGGAGAAAAAUAAAGAAAUUGAGGACUUGUACUUACCGCCGAGGAGAAAAAAUUUGCAGCAGAACAAUACUGAGGGUGGUCGUAAGAGGCGAGGUCGCAGUACCGGUGAAGGCACCGAGGGUGGGGAGGGCGCGGAGGGGGAUGCUGAGAGUGAUGGUUCGGACCCUGAAGCGAGCGGCGAUGAUGACAGACCCCGUAAGCGCGGACGACCCCCUGCGUCACAUAGGGAGAAAAUCAAAGGCUUCACUGAUCAAGAGAUUAGGAGAUUUGUUAAGAGCUAUAAGAAAUUCUCAGCACCAUUGAAACAUCUCGACAGCAUAGCAUGUGAUGCAGAGCUUCAAGAGAAGCCAUUGGCGGAACUAAAGAAGUUAGGAGAAAUACUCCAAGAAAGAUGCAAAGCUGUGUUAAAUGACACAAGUGAAACUCCAACUGAGCAGAGUGACGGCCGCAAGAAUGCAAGAAAAACUUUCAAGCUUGGCGGCGUGCCGGUUAACGCUAAAACAAUGGCAGCCUGCCAGGACGAACUCGCGCCGCUGGACGAUUUCUUACCACAAACUAAAGAAGAAAGACUGAAAUGGCAGUUGGACUUCAGGACGAGACCUGCAAACUUUGAUACAGAAUGGGGAGUAGAGGAUGAUUCGAAACUCUUAGCUGGCAUUUACCAAUAUGGUAUGGGGUCAUGGGAAGCGAUCAAAAUGGAUUCGUCAUUUGGUAUAGGUGAUAAAAUUCUCACGAAUGAAGUUAAAAAACCACAAGCGAAACAUUUACAGUCGAGAGCAGAUUAUUUGUUGAAGUUGAUUAAAAAACUUCUUGAUCAGAAAAACGGAAAACAAAAACAGAAAAAACCAAGGAUGAAGAAGGGAGCCAAAGAACCUAUUACUAAGGACAUUAUAGAAGAUGAUUUAAGUUCUGGUGCUGAAAGCAAAAAAGGAAACAAGGUUGCCAAAAAUGAUAAAGGAGACAAGGGUAAAUCUAAACUGGAGGAUGUGUUAACACAUGACGAAACAUCUAAUGACAGAAAAGAAAAAGACAAAAAGCGCUUAAAAAAGGAAGGCAAAGAUCGGACUAAAAACAAUGAUAAAGUUCGAGGUCGUAAAAAGCCAGCGGGUCCCAUGCACUUCACGGCAAAUAAUGAACCUAGAGCUUUAGAAUUACUUGGCGAUCUAGACCCAUCAGUUUUUGAUGAGUGCAAGGAGAAAAUGAGGCCAGUGAAGAAAGCUUUACGUGCUCUUGAUAAUCCUGAUCAAACUUUGACAGAGUCUGAACAGGUUUCGCGGACCAGAGCUUGCCUCACUCAAAUAGGAAGCCAAAUAGACAUUUGUCUAGCUGAGUAUCCAGAUCCUGAGAAAAAAGUUGAAUGGAGAAGUAAUCUUUGGUAUUUUGUGUCCAAAUUUACGAAUUUUGAUGCAAAACAAUUGUAUAGGUUAUAUAGGUAUGGUCUAAAGAAAACUGAUACUAAAAAAAUUGGAAAGCAUAAAGAAAAUAAGGCCAAUGUAAAAAAUAAUAUAAAUAAUUCAAAUAACCAUGUUAAAUCAUUUAAAAAGGGAGCUAAAAGUGACGAUGGGGACAGGAAAGAAAAAAGGCCGAAGGGCGACAAAGUGAAAAGUGAUAAAACUAACGAUAAGACUCCACAUGCGUCAGGCACGAAAAGAAAACUAGAGGAAGGGGAAUGUGACCCUGAACCGACUGAAAAUAAACGCCACGAGAGACAUAAACACAAGCACAAGGAUCGCAGAGAUAGAGAUGGAAGCUUGAAGCGGGACGAUUUGAUCUACAGAGAGCGGAGCCGGUCGGAGCGCGACAGAGAGCGGGAUCGCGACAGGGACCGGGACCGGGAUCGGGAACGCGAUCGGGACCGGGAUCGAGACCGAGACCGAGAGCGGGACCGCGAUCGCGACCGAGAUAGGGACCGGGAGCGAUCGCGAACGCGCCGAGACAGCGGCGGUGUGAACCCACGGGUGCGGCCGCCCUACGUGCAGCACGCGCACCCUGACCACGCAGUGCAUCCGGCGCAUCCCGCGCACCCUGCGCACCCAGCUUGGACCCCGCCGGCCUACCCCGGGCCCAGACAGUACCGCGGUGGUGAACGAACCCCGCGUACCCAUGAUAAAAGAAGGUUUGGCUACGGAGCGAUGGCAGGCCCAUAUGCCAGUGGGUAUUUCGAAGGAGCAGUCAUCCCCGGCAGCAUGGGCUUCCCGCCAGUGCGGCCCUACCCGGACGACUGGCGCGGGUACGCGCAGCCCGAGUACGCGUACGACGAGCGGGACUACGAGCGCGAGGUCUACCGGAGGGACUACGACCGGCGCGCCCCUCCUACCUAGCUGACUCACAGUCGCACUGUGAGCCGUGAACAAUAAAUUGUCUGUAAAUAUAGUUUUAAUUUAUGCUAAAUAUGUAAAUAGCCAUAGAGAUCUCUUUCCGUGAACACUGUAUUAGACUUUAAAAACUGUAAAGUGUAAGUGACAAAUAGUGCUGUGGAUUUUAUCUAUGUGAUAAGCGAAGUGCGUCAUCCUUUUCGACUUUGGACACGAUUACUGUAAUGACUAUGUAAGUGAGACUGUAUAGUGAAUUUAUUUAUUACCGUGUCUGUUCGAAUCUUUGUUAAUUGUACAGAUAUUAGAUGAAUAAAAUAUUUUUUUUUAUAGUUCCAAUUUUGUUGCCAAUAUUACCCGGAUUUAAUUAAUGAUGUGAUCUGCUGAUAAUUUUUGAUUUAAUAUUUAUUCAGUGCUUCGAUUUUAGGUACAUGAUGAAUUUGAAAGAGACAGCCAAGGUGAUAUUUGUAGUCCUUAGUCGAUGUACAAAAUUAAGCAAAUGUUAGUAGAUUUGCAUAGUAAAAUAAAUCAUGUGCAAUCCAGAACAUUGUGUAUAGCUUGAAGGCACAUAAACUUUGUCAUUGCAUUUUAGCAGUGGAAAGGGAAGAGCUUUAUUUGUAUUUCCUUUCUCGUACAUGCAUUUCAGAGUCCUCGUGGGACUCGGUACAGUCCUAUUUUUAUACAUACUUAUGUAAAGCCUUAUUCUCUGUUACAUGAUGCAAAUGAGUGUAAUAAGAGUGGAAGCGUCUUGAUGGUGUAUACCACGAUAAUAAACAUUAUUAAAGUUGA